AUGGCGUCCGCAAAUGCUAUCUCUACAGCUUCAAUAUUCUCUUCCCCCAAACAAGGGAAUUUGAGGAAUAGGAGGGUGAACCAGUUACAGGGAGGGAAGGUGAAUUACAGGCAAUCAAGAGGUCGAUUUGUAGUGAGAGCUGCUGCUAAAGAAAUCGCCUUUGAUCAGCACUCCAGAACCGCUAUUCAAGCCGGUAUCGACAAGCUUGCCGAUGCCGUCGGUCUUACUCUUGGCCCCAGAGGAAGGAAUGUUGUCCUGGAUGAAUAUGGGACCCCAAAAGUGGUUAAUGAUGGUGUCAUGAUUGCUCGAGCAAUAGAGUUACCUGAUGCUAUGGAAAAUGCCGGUGCUGUUCUCAUUAGGGAGGUUGCAAGCAAAACCAAUGAUUCUGCUGGUGCAAAUCCAGUAUCUGUCAAGAAAAGCAUUGAUAAAACAGUGCAGCAACUGGUAGAAGAGCUUGAGAAGAAAGCUAGACCUGUCAUAGGGGGUGAUGACAUAAAAGCCAUUGCUUCUAUCUCUGCUGGAAAUGAUGAAAGUAUUGGUAUCAUGAUUGCUGAUGCAAUUGACAAGGUCGGGCCUGAUGGUGUCCUAUCCAUUGAGUCAUCCUCUUCCUUUGAGACAACUGUUGACGUGGAAGAAGGAAUGGAGAUUGAUAGAGGAUACAUCUCUCCACAGUUUGUCACCAACCCUGAGAAAUUGAUAGUUGAAUUUGAGAAUGCAAGAGUGUUGGUCACUGAUCAGAAGAUAUCAUCAAUAAAGGACAUAAUUCCUUUGCUGGAAAAGACCACUCAAUUGCGAGCCCCUCUGCUCAUUAUCGCUGAAGAUGUCACUGGAGAGGCUUUGGCCACUCUUGUUGUGAAUAAGCUGCGAGGUAUCCUGAAUGUUGCUGCCAUCAAAGCACCUGGUUUUGGCGAGAGGGGAAAGGCUCUCCUUCAAGAUAUUGCCAUAUUGACAGGGGCUGAGUAUCAAGCCAGCGAUUUGGGAUUGCUUAUUGAGAAUACCUCAGUUGAGCAGCUUGGUUUGGCCAGAAAGGUGACCAUCAGCAAGGACUCCACAACCAUCAUUGCAGACACCACAACAAAAGAUGAGAUACAGGCUAGAAUUGCACAGAUUAAAAAUGAGUUGGCUGAGACAGAUUCUGUUUACGACUCAGAGAAGCUUGCUGAGCGAAUUGCCAAAUUGUCUGGUGGGGUUGCUGUAAUAAAGGUGGGAGCUGCAACUGAAACUGAACUGGAGGAUCGUAAGCUUCGUAUUGAAGAUGCAAAGAAUGCAACUUUUGCUGCGAUAGAGGAAGGGAUUGUCCCCGGUGGAGGUGCUGCAUUAGUUCACCUUUUCAACUUAUGUUCCUGCCAUUAAGGACAAGCUUGAAGAUGCAGAUGAGCGGUUAGGCGCUGAUAUUGUGCAGAAUGCACUGGUGGCACCAGCAUCUUUGAUAGCUCAAAACGCUGGGAUUGAAGGAGGGGUAGUUGUGGAGAAGGUGAAGGAGGGUGAAUGGGAAACUGGUUACAACGCAAUGACGGACAAGUAUGAGAACCUGGUGGAAGCUGGUGUUAUAGACCCAGCCAAAGUGACAAGAUGUGCAUUGCAGAAUGCAGCUUCUGUUGCAGGAAUGGUCCUUACAACACAGGCGAUUGUUGUGGAAAAGCCUAAAUCCAAGGCGCCCGUGGGUGCUCCUCCUCAAGGCCUUACUGUGUAAUUACCAGCUUAAGUUCAUUGUUCAUUUGGAAUUUAGAGGCGGCUAGUGUCUUAACUGCAGCGGAUCAAGGAAGAGGAGAGACCAGAGGAAUGAAAAGUCCUUUUUCCUUUCUUGCACUUUGAUUUCAACCUUCUUUUCUUUUAACAGCUGGAUGAAACUGAUGAAACUUGGAAUAAUGUGUUAAGUGAUCAUGGCUUGGGCAUUUAACAGCAAGCCUACUAGCAGGCAGAGAAGAUAGGAGUUCAACUUUAACUCAUGCCUUUUCUUUUGAUUCGACUAAAUUAUCUUUGGGCAUUUACGUCUCUUUGUAGGCAAUUGGUUUUUUUGUCGGUUACGCUUUCU